GGCCAGCAGUGGAAGAGGUCUGGUCCCUCCUCUGGUAUCAUUGGUCUUUCCAGCCAGCAGGAGGGAGGGAAGGGAGUCACAGGAAGUGGCCCCAGGGGCCAGAUAAGCUGAAGAAAGGAAAGCAGGGUAACUAGAAGGACAGAGAGUAGGUGGAGACUCACCCACCCCCACUUCCCCAAACACACACGAAAGGAGCCAGAGAGAGGCCCCAGGCCGUGCUGGAGACAGCAUCUUUAAGCUACGAGGAGCUCCGGGAGGGUCCCAGGACAGAGCAGUACCCACUAUGCUGCCCUGCCUCCCCCUGCUUCUCCUGAUGGGGCUGUCGGCAGGCACUGUGACAGCUGACGAGGAACUGGCACUCGGAGCGGAAGCAGGGUCCUGGAUAACCUUGACCCUGGAGGAUGAUGGCAUUCACCUCCAGCUCCAGCAGGUGAAGAGGGGCAAAGCCAGCCAGUUCUUUGGGCUGAUGGGGAAGCGGGUGAGAGGAAUACCUCCCAUCCAGCCAGACAGAAGAACAGCUCCACCACCAGAGCAUCCGCAAGGACAAAUGGUGCAGGGCCUUGUGGACAGGGUGCAACUAUCUACAGAAGAACUCUUCCCAGGCAGAGAGGACGAGGACCACAGGUCAGAGUGAGCACCCCCACUGCACCAUUCCUGGAGGACGAAACGCCCAUCUCUUUCCCCGGAUGAUACAGCUGACAGCCGGCCAGGCCAACUCUCUUCUCAUGUGUCUCCUGCACCCGACACUGGUGUGUCCCACCUGGCUUCCCUGAACUCACUGCAGUUCCUUCUAGAACUCUUGGUCCUAAGCCAUGGUGAUGCACACAUGCACUAUUGUUCCAGUUGUGAGCUGCAGUGACCCUGCUCUCCCCCCACGCUCAGCUCCCAUCUCACUGCUGAGCAGGGCUGAGUGCCACGCACUUCCAUGUCUCCUGUGCCUGGAACACAGGAGGGGCUCAAUAAAUGGACAAACAGUGAAUAGUUUCUUCUCUGGUGCAGAGCAGAGGGCAGGGAUGGUCGGGGUGCUACACCCUGCCAUAAACUGCAGAGCAGCAGAACGGGGCGGGGAUGGUGGUGCUUUUCCAGAACUGCAAAGGGAAUAGUAAACAACCCUGGUCCCCACCCUCAGGCGGGAAAACAGGCUUGGGAUACAGGUAAGGACAGCCCCCACCA